CCAAUGAGAGCAGUGAACAGGGUCAGGUAGGCGCGGUUGCUGCCUGGACGCUGCUCGGCGCCAUGGUGUUAUCCUGCUCUGCUUACGGCUGCAAGAAUCGGUAUGAUAAAGACCGUGGCGUUUCUUUCCACAGGUUUCCCCUGAAGCGGCCGGAGCUCUGCAAAAAGUGGCUGGAGGCAGUAAGAAGACGGAAUUUUAUACCCACUAAAAACAGCAAUUUGUGUUCAGAACAUUUCACAUUGGACUGUUUCAGAAAGAACUGUAACAAUAAAAUACUGGAAGAAAAUGCUGUGCCAUCCAUAUUCUGUUUUACUCGAUCAAAUCAACAGUCAAAGAAGUUAGAAAUGGCAUUACCGAGUGACCAACAUCAUGCAACAGAGGAAAUUAUAGAGGAGUCGGAACUGAAUCAAGCGCAUAGACUCUUAACUGUUUAUGAUCAUAGCUACAGUGUUGGAGAUGCAUGCUUACAAAAAAAGAAGAUUCAGCAGUUGGAGGAACAAAAUGAGAAAUUGAAGAAGAAACUGAAAUUCUUACAGCAGAAGUCUCGUCGCCAAGAGCAACGAUUACAGAGAAUGAAAAAGCUAUUACAAGAACUUAAUACACGAGAUAUAUUGUCAAAUCAAAAUUGUGUGCUGUUAAAUGAUACUUUGUAUGAAGUAAUUAAAGUUUAGAUGUAAUUUGUUUAUCAGCAUCACAUUUGUUGCAUAGUGUAGAAUCAUAACUUUUACUACCAAAAGUUGAGGUAGGAGUUUAAGUAAAAAUUUCUCAUGGUUGGUUCUGGGGAAAUUGUUUAAAAUGUACAAAUAAGAACAAACUUAAUAAGUUGAAUGCAUUAUGGAGCUGGUGAAUUACAGGUAACAGAACAAGUAGACUAGCAACAGAAGAAUAUACAAAAAUUCUGGUAUAUCCAAAAAGCAACCUGAUGAGAUUGACAGAACCUGUAAGGUUUCCCAAACCAGUAAUUCAUUUACAUGGGUAGUGGGUUACUGUGUACAGUUCUCAUAAUACUGGAGUGGAGCACAAUUUAUAUUGUUAAGAACUGACACUGAGAGAAACUAGUGAAAAAGUGGCAAUUUAUAUGUUGCAAAAUUUGUUGGUGAUUGAAUCAUACUAAAGUUUCUGAACUGAACUCAAAAAUACUCAAAGCCCACAGUGCAGCUAGUUGUUCUGUUAGAAAAAGAAAAUUGAUCACAAAAUAGAUCUAACUACAUUGACAGGGAAUAAAAAGAGCACAGCUACAGAAAGUGACAUCAGAAUAGUGCCAAUGAUCACAUCUUUCUUGCUAUGCUGUUUUGAGAACUGAUCCAAUUGAUUUGUGGCAGGGAAUGUCACAUUUUAACUACACUGUAGCUAGUUUUUUAAAAAAAAACCAUCAGCUGAAAUUAUAAAAUUCUAGUCUUUAGCAUAUCUGAGCUAUGGAAGUGGUCUGUAUACCCUCGUAAUUAUUUAACUCCUGCAUCAGUUUACCAUAUAAUCUCUUAAAGGGGUAAAAAGUAUUUCUUGGGGAAAAUAGUCAUACUUUAAAUUUUCUUCUAACUGCAAAUCUUCUCCUUUUGUGUUACACAUGUUAAAAAUGUCUAAUUCUUGAGUCUUUUCAGUAUAAUGGUCUGUACAAAAUUAUAAAUACCAUUUGAUUAGUAGCCUAACUUGCUAUUACAUCUGUACUUUAUUUCAGCAAACAGAACCAGGAACUGCCUCUGCAUGCCUUAAUUAUUUGCACCCAAUUUUAACAGCUGAACUUAAGUGAACUUCAUUUGAGUUUUACCCUUCACAUUAGGUUUCCACUGUUUUAAGGAAGCAAAAGAGUAGAGUUUGUAUCUUAAAUUUGGAAUGCACUGAUCCUUUUUCCUCCUAGUAUAUUUAUUAUUGUCACAUGUACCUAGUACAGUCUAAAAACAUGCCAUCAACAUAGAUCAUUUUAUCACAUCAGUACAUUGUGGUAGUAUUGAAUUGGUUUAUUAUUGUCAUGAAUACUAAGAAACAGUGAAAAGCUUGUCUUGCAUACUGUUCUUACAAAUCACAUCAUUGAGGCAGAACAAGGUAAAACAAUAACAAUGCAGAAUAAAGGGUAACAGCUACGGAGGAAAUGAACGAUAAGGUGCAAGAUCAUAAUAUCAGAAGGUCAAGAUAAAACUUGUAAUAUUUUAAGCUAAUUUUGUAAAGCUCUAGGAUAUACAUUUAUCUUUGCACAAUAACUGAGUUAUCUGAAUAUUUGGCUUUUUUUUUCAAAUGAUAAGCCUGUAUAGCAUGUGGAUCUAUGGGCAGAGUUGCAGGAUUUUAUUUUGUAUAUAUUAGCCAAUGUUAAAAAGUAUCACGUAAUGGAAAUAAUGUGGCUUUCUCUAAAACCAAAAUGAAUUUUCUAAGUAAUCCGUGUUUGUGGUAUUAAAGAGGGGCUCUUGGGGUCAUUAAUUGUAAAGAUAAUGCUGAGGGUUUUAAUGUAUGUAUUGUAGUUUUGCAUUUUUUAUGUUGUAAGUAACAUUCUCACUUGCAUUGUGUGUCUUCAUUUAAUAUCUGAAUGAACAAAAACAAGACUUCAGAAUCAGCAGUGAAUCAUUGAAUUAUAAGCCCCUGUAAUGUGUGGUUUGCCACCUCUUUGAAAAGAGGGCAAGUAAAUUACUCAGUUAGCUAGUUGUGAACUACAGUUUUACAUGGGAUAAAUAGUAUUAAAUGCUGGACAAAUAGUAGGUUCAAAUGCAUGUAAAUCAUGAUCUUUAAAUAUUAAUUUAUGAUAGGCUCAUAUUAGUUUCCUUCCCUAGUUGGGCCAACAACUUGAAUAAAACUUAGCAGUACUAUUAUUGGAUAGAAUAACAAGGAUGGUAAAUGUAAUUAUACAAAAACAAGUUCUCUAGUUUACUACAGGGAAAAUGAUAGUAUAGUGGCUAUGUUACCAGACUAAUAAUCCAGAAGUGUGUUCAAAUCAUACCACAGGAAUAAAGAAUUUAAAUUCAGAAUC